AUGAGUCAUCAACAAUCCAAACAGCAUGAUGAAAUUGUCAAUGAUCAUAAGGCUCACAAUCAGAAGAAUCAUCAUCAGAGACCUUCUGUUCUCUUGUCGUGGCACAAUUUAGAGUUUAAAGUAAAGGUGGCUGCUAGUCAGGCUUCAAGAAGAAUUGCACCAUCAAGUUCGGAAGAGCAAUUGAAUGGAGAAUCACAACAAGAAAAUGCAUCAUCACAAAAAUCUUGGAAUCCUGUCAAUUACUUUAAACAGAAAAUAGCAAAGGUUGAGAAACAAGUAUUGCAACCAAUGACUGGUUUUGUAGAGCCAGGCACAGUUUUGGCAAUAAUGGGCCCUAGUGGUUCUGGCAAGACAAGUUUUCUCAAUUUGCUAGCUCAAAGAGUUAAACCAAGUGGAGGAACAAUUAAAAUCAAUGGAGAAAAUGUAUCAAAUCAUAUGAGCUCAUUCAUGGCAUGCAGUGCAUUUGUGGAGCAGGAUGAUGUCUUGAUGGGUUCACUCACGGUCAGAGAAACAUUGAGAUAUGCGGCCUUAUUGAAAAUGCCAUCAAGUAAAUAUACAAUGAGAGAAAAGAUGGAACGAGUUGACCAUUUGUUGAAAGAAUUGGGAUUGGAAAAGAGUGCAGAUACAAUUGUAGGAGUUCCCGGACUUUCGAAAGGUAUUUCAGGAGGUGAAAGAAAAAGACUCAGCAUUGCUGUGGAAAUUAUCAAUGAUCCAGCUGUAUUAUUUUUGGAUGAGGUAACAACUGGAUUGGAUGCAAGAACAAGUUUAAAUGUAAUUCAAACAAUUAUGAAAUUGGCAAGAAAGGGAACAACUAUUGUAUUAACAAUUCACCAACCUCGUUCAGAUAUUUUCCAAAUGUUUGAUAGGCUUAUUCUUCUUGCACAGGGAAGAAUUGCUUAUUUUGGAGAUGGUCAGCAUGUUUCACAUUAUUUUGAAAAACUUGGCUAUCAAUGUCCAGAAGACUACAAUAUUGCAGAUUAUUGUAUCGAUCUGAUUAGUGAAAAUCCGUCCUACACCAGUGAUAAUCCAAAGAAGAAACUAGACGAAGCAAGAAGAAUUACCUCAAUAUUGGAUCACUAUGAAAAACACACUUCACAAUCAAUGAAGACGCCAAAAUACGAUUCAGAAAGUCAAACAGAUUUCAAAGCUUUGAAACUCACUAGAAACAAUGCCUUCUCACAAUUUAUCAUUCUAUGUCUGAGAGGGUUACUUAAUACUGUAAGAAAUAAGCAAUUAACAACUGUGAAAGUUUUCCAACAAAUAGUAAUGGCAUUACUGGUUGGUUUGAUUUUUAUUCGAUUGGGACAUACCCAAACAGAUGUACAAAAUAGAAUUGGAGCAUUAUUUUUCAUAAUGACCAAUCAAAUCAUGUCUCCACUCUUUGGAUCAGUUUCAAGUUUUCACAAUGAUAGACCUGUUUUAUUCAGAGAAAGAGGGGCGAACCUUUACAAUAUUGGCAGUUUUUACUUUUCCAAUCUGGUUGUUCAAAUGCCUUUAUCAAUGUUUUUCCCAAUAUUCUUUGGAUCAAUGGUGUAUUAUUUAGUAGGUCUAAAUGAAAAUGUAGAACGAUUCUUCAUGUUUAUACUCAUACUGAUAGUGGUAGCCAUCUCUGCCAGUAGUAUGGGUUCUCUGUUUGCAGUGCUGAGCCCAUCGUUUGGUGUGGCCAUGUCAGUCAUUCCUCUCAUCACAACCAUGUUGAUGCUCUUUGGAGGAUUCUACAGAAAUGUCUCAAAUAUUCCACCUUACUUUAUUUGGAUUUACUGGAUAUCGGUAUACCACUUUGGGUUUGAGGCAUUAGUUCACAAUGAGUUAGUUGGAGCUGUCUUUGAAUGCCCUACAUCCUUCUGUGCCUCACCAACUGGAGAAGCAGUUAUUGAGGUUUUGGAAAUGAAUGGUCCUCUCUCCAACAUUUGGAUCAACUUGGGUUUCAUGUUGGCUGUGGCACUCAUUUGUCAAAUUAUCAGUUUUAUUGUGUUGGCACUUUUCGUCAAACCAAAACGAUAA